AUGGGUUUGACAUUCUCGAAAUUAUUUGACCGUCUCUGGGGAAAGAAGGAGAUGAGAAUCUUGAUGGUCGGUUUGGAUGCUGCUGGUAAAACUACAAUUCUGUAUAAGCUAAAGCUUGGUGAAAUUGUCACCACUAUUCCAACCAUCGGUUUCAAUGUCGAGACUGUCGAGUACAAGAAUAUUCAAUUUACCGUGUGGGAUGUUGGUGGACAAGACAAGAUCAGACCUCUGUGGAGACAUUACUUCCAAAACACCCAAGGUAUCAUUUUCGUUGUAGACAGCAACGAUCGUGAUCGUGUGGUUGAGGCUCGUGAGGAACUGCAGAGAAUGUUGAACGAGGAUGAGCUUAGAGAUGCUAUUCUUUUGGUCUUUGCCAACAAACAAGAUUUGCCAAAUGCCAUGAACGCUGCAGAAAUUACAGAUAAAUUGGGCCUCCACAGUUUGAGACAACGCGCUUGGUACAUUCAAUCUACUUGCGCUACAUCUGGAGAUGGUCUUUACGAGGGAUUGGAAUGGCUCGCAACGACACUCCGCAAGACUGGUCACAACUAA